AUGUCUGCCACCCCAGCGAGAGUCAAAAGCCUGAUCGAUGAGCUCAUUCAGUCAAUCACAGGGCUAACCGCACAGGUUUGUGCCCCAAAUUAUCUCUCUCGGCGCUUCUAUCAUGGGUUCUAACAGAAUAUGCGGACAGGAGGACCCAGAGAAUUUUAACCUCUGCCGGGUAAGGCCCCACGGUGUUUCUAUUUUCGUCGGGACUCCGGAAUAAUUGCGAAACAGGAUUUCGCUCUCCGAAAUUUCCGAGGAUAUAAGUUCGGUCGGACAAACCAGUUUGAUGUAAGGUCGAAGCUUGAUGGGUAAUAAGUUCGUUUCGUUGAUCGAUUUAUUCUAAUAAACAAUCCAUAGCCUUGAAGAGAAAUUUCGUGUCUUCAACCGGGAUGAUCUGGCCGACGCUUUUCGCUCUAGGCUCAAUGAGCUGCCCUCAUUGACCUCUGGCUUCACCCCCGAAAUCCUUUCACUUUUUCUAUCUUUGUCCGAUAGGCCUCUCCAAAACUCAGACAUCUCCGAUUUAGAGCUUCUCGCGAGACCCGAUGUUCCUAAGGAACUCACAUGGGAGGAUAUUAUUUCCGACGACCCGAUGGAGGGAGAGAUAUGGGAGGAUGUGGAUUUUGGAGCCGAGAGCAGCGACGAAUGGUCAGAUGAUGGCUAUACUAGGCCAAGGUCGCGGGAUGAGUUUGUUGAGAACCUAAGGAACGAGGCUGAAGAUAGGAAGAGGAACGCACCAGGCGCCGGAGAUGGUGACACUGACUAUAGGGCUUCUGGAGUCGAGGGGUUUAUGGCCCAAGGAGAUGAAGGGGGGCUUGAGCUAUUGAAAAAAGCGCAAUACUGGAGCGAGAAGGUCCUACCCAUUGAACAAGAAACAGAUGUUUCUCUUGCAUCUGGCGGAGGUACUAUACUCUGCGUCAUCAACUAUCACUCUACCCCGCAUAUUCUGCGGUUGAUUUGAAUCAGUUCACUGACGUAAUAAAUUUGGCGCAGUCAACAAUAUCUCACUCAUAUCGGAGCUCCAGGCCAUGCGGGAGGUUAUUUUCAUGCUGUUAGGUUAUCCUUGCCUGCUCUUCCACAAAAAGCCCAACGACGCAACUCUCCUAGUAGAUACAGCCGAUGCGAUGAAGCGCUUUGCGCUGAGUCAUGCAUCACUGCCUGCAUUCAGAGCUAUCCUUAGCUGGUAUGCAGAUAAGGGAACAAAUAUCAAUGUUAUCCGCACCUUCGCGCGAUCUAAAAACUCUACCACGGACUUUCCCGAACACCAAACUUUCGUCGCAUCUGUUUGGGAUAAGCUCGCCAUCCUUGAUCAGCACCUGAUCAAACUAGAAGAGCUUCUGUUAGUGGGCAAUAAAGGCUUGGAUCAGAUAGUUUCGGUGCUAGCGCUCCAGGGCGAACUAGAACCCUUCCUCGCUCCCUAUGAUCUCCUCUCGGAUGUCAUAGUCGAACUUCCCAAGACAGGAAAGCCCCCAGCCGAUCUAGCAUUACAACACCUAGAAUGCCUCUUCCGGCUAGCAUGUAGACUGCAGUCCAUAGGCGACCAAAUAUCCUUCAAGUUUAUAACGGACAUAUUUUUCAGCUGUCUGCGAACAUAUUUGCGCCCUAUUCACCAAUGGAUGGAGUCCGGCGAACUUCGCAAAGAUGACAAAGUGUUUCUUAUAUCUAAAACCCGCAGUGACGAGGAAGUCGAACUGGGUGGUCUGUGGAGCGACCAGUAUUCCCUAAGAAAGGACGCAUCCGGAGCCCUAAAGGCACCUGUAUUCGUCCACGCGGCUGCAGCGAGGAUAUUUAUCACCGGCAAGAGUGUUGUUUUUCUAAAACGGCUCCUUGAACACGAUAUACCAAGUUCCGCUAUCCCACUUCAGCCGCAGCCAGUCGGUGCAGUAGACAUCGACCUCUCAACGGUCUACAAGAACGGCGAGUAUCUCGCCCCCUUCUCGGACAUGUUCGCCGCAGCAUUUGACAAGUGGAUAAACGACCGUCACCAUUCAGUCUCCUCCCGCCUGAGAGAUAUAUUAUACCAGGAUUGUGGCCUAUGGAAGAGCUUAGAUGCAAUUGAGUGCAUAUAUCUUUGUAAAAAUGGCCACCUUUCUGACGCGUUCUCACAGGCGAUGUUUGAGAAGGUUGAUAAAGGCGUGCAGACAUGGGGGGAUCGGUUUCUGCUCACGGAGCUACUCCAAGGGGUAUACGGUGGUGUCGCAUGCGUGGAGGUCGAUAGGGUGAGGAUGAGGGCUAAAAUGGAAGGUAUGAAAUCUCUUAGAGAAAGGAGAAGGACUGUCAAGAUGUGGAAGGGUCUUGAAUUGAAUUACGUUGUACGCUUUCCUGUCCUUGCUCCUUCUGCGAUCCACUCCUGACCAGGCAGCUACCGUGGCCGAUUAUGAAUGUCAUUCGUAAGGAAUCGUUUGAAAUGUACAACAACAUAUUCACAUUCUUAUUGCAGAUCCGACGGGCAAAGUACAUGCUCGAACGGCUCACAUUAUUAAAGGAGGAUUUUAGAUUUCUAGGCGAGAGUGGGGAGGGCGCUAUAUAUUACUCUUUGAGGCACAGACUCUUGUGGUUUGCGAACAUAGUUUACUACUAUCUUACCAAUUUGGUUCCUAACCACUGUUCUCCCGGAGGGAUUUCUCAGCUAAUGCCGACGGCAGGUCCUGACCCCACAAACAACCCACAUGAGGCAAGAAAUGGCAAGGGCUGUGCACGUAGAUGGCAUGAUACAGGCACAUGAUACCUAUAUCCAAAAGAUCAAAGAUCAGUGUCUGCUAGGAGCAAAGGUACCAGCCAUUUUCCCAUCCCCCCGCCGCCCUCACUCAGCAGACCUAACAGUAAAACAGCUAGCGCCAAUCCACCAAGCAAUAACCUCGAUACUCGACAUCUCAAUCCUCUUCUCAGACGCCCACCUCGCACACAGCACCGCGCUAAAAACCCUUGACGCCCCCAACGCCUCAAUUCAUGACAUCUCUGUCUUCAUCUCAUCCCACACCCCCCGUCGUCGUCACCGCCGCCGCCAAAAACGAACAGGAGAACCCCGUAGCGACAACUACCUCUCUGGCUCAAACUCCGACUCGGAAGAUUACGAGGAGGAGGAGAAUUUCGAGGGCAUGAACUCAUACAUAUCCUUCGAGAACGAGGCGUACGCGCGACAGAUAGGGCGCAUGAGUGAGAGGUUUAACACCCUACUUGAAUUUGUGCGCGCUGGCUUGAGGGGUGUCGCGAGGGCGGGUGUGAUGCCGCAUUUGGAGGUUUUGGCGGAUGAUUUAGAGGGGCCGGGGAGGGGUGGUGGUGCUAAGGGUGAUUGAUUGGCUAGCCGGUUAAGUUGGUGUAUCAAGUGGUUUUUCUUUCCCUCCCCGUGUGGCACGAGGCGGCUACCGUAGUUUGUGAUAAUCAUGGUAUCAUAGCCGAGGCUUCGGCUAUGGUGUUCCUAUAAUAGAAUCGUGUAUCAC